AUGUUUGAAGAAGUGGAUGAUGCGUCGCGUCGUGAAAAGUGUUUCACAACCAUCGCUCAACUGCCGGCAUUCAUCGACCCAAAGCAGAUUCCUAGCAAGAGAUCACCCUUUUCAACGAUUCAGAAUCAUGCAUUUGUACACUCAGUCGAGGUUAUCUUGCCAAAGGAGGUCUACUCAAAAAUCAAACCAUGGCUCGAGACCAAACUAGAAAAACCUCGGUAUGCACGAGUGUUCAUGACUCCUUCGGCUCUGCUUGAGCAUGAUUUCUUCAACACAUAUAUCAAGUCAGUUCAGCCCCAAAGCUCUUCCAUACUUGAAUGGGUAUCAGUUGCACAAGCAUCAGACAGCUUUUGUGCUCAGAGAGUUCAUUUCAUCAAAGACAGCAACCUGACUCAGGAUAUAGGGAAUAUUUUGAUGAUAUCUGAAGGACGCUCGGGGUCCGAUAAUGUGUUCACACUCCAAGAUGGGGUCCUUCGAAUGGAACUUGGAAAGGAGAUCUAUGAGCGAACAGGUCUCACGGGCAAGCCUUUCCGCAGUGGCGGCAGAAAGCAUGCAAAGGAACGAUUCUUGGUCGAAUUGAACUUACGGCUGCCCUCGAUGCUGCACGGCAAGAAAGGCUUUGAAAGAAUUGUAUGGGCAUUCGCUAAUGUUCUGACUCAAUCAAUGGCCUGGCUCUUCCAAGACCUGCAAAGCAACUCCGGUCUAGAUGAAGGAAACAAGCCGAUCAAUAAGGUUCAACCACAGUUGAUAACCUGCGAGCCACAGGAAAUUGACCACGAGCAAAUAAUGACUCCGCCGUUUUACAAAAACGGGAAAGUACUCGAGGAAAUGUCGGAAGGUGAUCUGCAGGAACAUUCUGGCUCCCUGUCUGAAUGGCUUGCCAUGGUCCAGAUGGCUUCUCCAAGGCUAUCUGGGGAAGAUGACGUCGAUCCGUACCUGAGUCGUUAUGCAGUUCCGGACGCAGACGAAAGCCAGGCCUGUGAUUUGAUGAGUUUGAAAUGGCAUGGUUUGAUAUCGUCCCGUUGGAUCAUGCAGCUAUUUCUCAAUCUGCUGCAAAGUACUAAGGCCAGCAAUUUGUCUUGGUUUGCGCUUGCCGUCGCUACUUUAGGUAAAGAAGCUGUGGAAGGAAGGGACGGAUUCACGGUUAUGGUCCUUCCUAGUGGACAGUCCAGUGAAUCCAACGAAACAUCCGAAGUCAAUGAGGAGGGAACCACUGGAGCUGGUCGUGUGACUUUAUGUUGGGAGUUGAUGGGAGCAUCCGUGACUGAACCCUGA